AUGCGGUCCGUCAUAUGCUUCUUGGGACACAAAAGCAACUUGCAGCUGCUAUGCUCCAGCUGGCCGUUCCGCACCACGGCGGCGCAUCAUAGGAGGGUGGCAGAGACCGAGCAGCUCCGCAAGAACCUCUGGGAAGCUGUUUUCAACGAGGAUCCAGUCAUGGCCAGCAGCGGCCAUCUGCAAAGAAACCUCGUUGUCAAUCUGUAUAGAUGGGAGCCAAGUGACACGCGAUCUUCAUGCCGCCAUGCACCAUUUUGCGUCAACGGUCUCAUCUUCAUGCUAAAUGCUGGAUGCUGA